UUCAAGGCGUACCUAUUGGGCCUGGAAGAUUAUGACCAACAUAUCAAAAUGGGGCUUCUGGUUCAUGGGUUGGUUACUGUGGAGCCUAAAUAAAUGUUUUGAUUCUUCUGCCUUCUACUUUGAGAGUUUCUUCUAUCCGGCGAUUCCGAACCUUUCAGACAUGUUUAUGAUCCUCUUUGAGAUUAUAAACUCUGCCCUCCUGAUACAUUUGGCGUCACGAACAGGAUCGCUAGGUAUAAGAUCUCUAUUUAGAAGCAGAACAAUUCCAGAGGAAGAGAUAAAUAUCCCAGGAUGGGAGGAUCCAUUUUAUUCCUCCCUAGCAAAAGAAUUGGCUAAAAAAGCUGGACCCUGUGAAAACUGGGAACCAAGGCUACGGAGAGGAGAUCCUAGGGAUUUAGAAAAGUGUUUACGAGAAGUUGGGAUUCAGUCAGGGGCAUCACUAUCUAGGCAAAGCUGGAUAGUGUUAUCAGCCUACCGGCUAGUAUACGAAAGAUUGAGAUUAAGUGAAAGACAUGGGGGCACUCCUACCCCACAGGAAGAAGGGAAAUCUCAGAUAGCAGAAGACCAAACUGACUCAAAUGAGAACUUUUCUAUUAAUGUGGCUAAGAGCAACAGGAGACCAAAAAAGCCCAGAGUGCAUUUCAACCCAGCCCAGAAAGAGCCGGCUGAGGCACAAAACACUACUGGGGUUCAGGAUGUGCCUCACACAGAGAAUAGGAGAUGGUUAAAUGAUCAGACAAGGGCUCGACCCAUACAAAGGAGGAAGACAGAAACCCGAGGUGAAGAUUCAGUUACAAGGGAAAUUCAGGAAGAUUUCUCACCGCAAGAGGUCACAGAUAUUUUGAGUAGAUUCAGCCAAAGAAUAGGAGAACCAUUGAUAUCUUGGAUGGUAAGACUCAGUGAUCAAGGGGCCGGUGGAAUAUCAGUAGAUGGGACAGACUGCAUGAGAUUCAUAGGUAUCAGCCAUGAUCCUCUAGUUCAACAAGCUUUUAGGGAACAUCAUCAGCAAGGAGAUGGUGAUAGCAAGACUACUCUGUUGGCAUUAGCCGCUGUGGGAUGCAAUAAGAGAUAUGAUACUGAUUCUAUGUGGCCCACUGAGCACAGACCCUGGUAUUCACUUAGAGAUUGUAUCAUGAGACUAAAGGAGGAGGUAAUGAAGACUGCCAUUAUGAUAGGAACUGCAGACAAAUAUUACAAUGAUCCAAUGGGACUGUCUCAUAGGAAUUUAAUAAUUAGGACAGCUCCCCCUGCUUAUAAACAACUAAUUUUGAAUUUAUUGCUUGGAGAAGUAGGGAGCCGUCUUACAACAGUGAUAAAUAAGAUUUUACAGUUAUAUGACUUAGGUGACUGGGGAAGGGAUAGAUCUCCUCGAGAGAGAAGAGUGAAUAACCAGCAAACUUGGCGCCAAAGGAGAGUAACAAGGAAAGAAAUGUUUACUACUUUAUUGAGAGCAGGGGUAGGUUUUGAAAUGAUAGAUGGAAUUCCAACCAAUGAAUUAUACAGAAUGUAUAGAGGACUUGAUAACACGAGAAAUAGGGAAAUAAGAACUGCUCCUGCAAGCCCACAAGCCACUCAGAGUGAAGGUGACCUUGUGUGAUUAACGGAUGAAAACUUGUACAUUUGGGGAAAGGCUGGGAGGACAAUCUUAGUCUAUAUCUAGGGUGGGAUCCUCUUGGCUUCCUCAUUAUGUUCCUUUUGAAAAGAAACAUUUCCCACCUGAGUUUGGCUCUGAUGUUGGAUCUUUGCAUAAUUGAAAUCUCAACCAAACUUGAGAUGAUUUUAUUUGAAGAAUUAUAGUCUAUACUUGUCUAUUCUUUUUGUCCUUUGUUUUGGCUAACCUUGUUGCUAGUUUUGUUUCCUUCAGGCUUAAGCACCCUGCACUUUCCGGUGACUGCCUAAGCAUGUAGCAUUCUUGGAAUUCCUGCCAGCUCGUUAAAGAAAUGACCUCUGGAAUGGGACUUUUUGGGGGCAGGGCCAUCUCUACAUCCAAUUUCAGCAUGAAGAAGCUAUGGAAAAUGAGACCUUCACCCCUCACCCCAAGAUUUUGAGCCCCAAUCGUUCAAGGGGGGUGGAAAUGAUGAUAGUGUUCUGUUUACUUAUUUUGUGUUAUCCUUGCUGUGUUGUUUUAUUGUUAUGAUAUUAUUGAUCCUAUGUAAUGGAUACAAGGAUUUAGGGGGGUGGAUCGCAUUUGAAUCGUUAACCAAUGUUUGGGAAUGUCACCAAAUGAUAUGUUUUGCUUUAUAAUGAAUGAUAUGUUUUAGUUUCCUUUGUAAUUGAAUCACAAUGUAUGUUCUAGGAUACAUGGCUGAUUAGAUUAUGUAUCCUAUAACAAGGGGUGGAAUGUAGCCAUAAUGGCUUUUGUUUUCUUUGAAUGGCUCAGCUUGCCUCAUUGAGCCUCUGGACACUGUGGCUUGCUCUUCCGGGGCAGGAGGCCCGGGGAGCAUGCCGGGAGGCAGACGGCUUCCUGUGUGGGGAGUCAUGGGGCUGGCUGAGGGGAGGUGUUAGCUCCAGAACCUGGUCUACCCUAGGGGGAGGAGCCAACUCAGGAACCAAUCGGCCCUGGUCAUUUGGGCGGAGCUUGAUGAUGUCAGAAACCCUAUAAGAGGGGAGAGGACAGCUUGAAGAUUCUUCCUCUCUUUCCUUUUCCGGUUGGAGCCAGAGGCAGUUACAACGACCGUUACAGAGGCAGUUACGACCGUUACAUCGUCAGUUUCAGUUGCAGCUUCAGUUUCAGAAACAGACACAGCUGAGGCAGGAGCUGCCAGCAGCAGAGCUGAUCUACGGGAGGAAGCUGAACAAAGACUUCAGUCCAGUGGGUAAUCUUAUUACCAUCAAGGGGGAAACAUGAUUUUGCUUUACGCAAUCAUGUUUCUCUGUAGCCUCCUGGUUACUCUUUCAAGGCGUACCUAUUGGGCCUGGAAGAUUAUGACCAACAUAUCAAAAUGGGGCUUCUGGUUCAUGGGUUGGUUACUGUGGAGCCUAAAUAAAUGUUUUGAUUCUUCUGCCUUC